GCAGACUUGGCACGCAGACACGACUCGACGCGCGCGGCUGUCGCGAAAAUAUUCUUCACCCCGGGCCAAAAACGGGUGAAAAGACAAAAAAGUGAUACAAAUCGUUUUAUUAUCAAAUGAUUCUUUGUGCGUAUCGAUAAUGGAUCACUUGAUCUUUAUUGUGGCUGCGGUCUAUCUUUUGUACUGCCCUUUUACCAAAGUCGAGGAGAGCUUCAAUUUGCAAGCUAUGCACGACCUCCUCUAUCAUGGUACUAAUAUAGACCAGUACGACCACCAUGAAUUCCCUGGAGUUGUGCCAAGAACUUUUAUAGGACCGAUAGUUAUAUCUGGACUAGCUUCUCCAAUUGUUGCCCUUUUCAAGCAUUGGAAUCUGAAUAAAUUUUUUUCUCAAUAUGUUGUGAGAGCAGUACUUGGUUUAACUGUUAUAGUCACUUUCAAGUUAUACAAAAAAGCUUUGAGAUCUAUUUUUGGAGCAAAGUUAGCUUCAUGGUUUCUAAUUAUCAGUGUCACUCAAUAUCAUUUCAUCUACUACCUAAGCCGUCCACUACCUAAUACUAUGGCAAUGCCACUUGUCCUGCUGGCAUUGUAUGGAUGGCUUAAACAGAAACAUGUCUUAUUCAUUGUAUCAUCUGGAGCUGCCAUUAUUUUAUUCAGAGCUGAAAUUGCUAUGCUGUUAGGUUUAUUUUUGCUAUACGAUAUAGCUUAUCUGAAGUUGACAAUAAAAAGAACUCUGUGCAUUGUAAUACCUACAGCAGUUAUUUUACUGGCUUUAACAAUUGCAGUAGAUUCAUACUUUUGGAGAAGACCACUGUGGCCAGAAGGAGAAGUUUUUUACUUUAAUACUAUCCUCAACAAAAGCAGUGAAUGGGGUACUUCACCAUUUUUCUGGUACUUUUAUUCAGCUCUUCCUCGAAGCUUAGGAUUAUCUUAUCUUCUUGUACCUCUGGGAAUGAUCCUUGAUUCAAGAGUGAGGGUUUUAGCAGUACCUGCAAUAACAUUUGUUCUAUUAUUUUCAUUUUUACCCCACAAAGAAUUAAGGUUUAUUAUGUAUGUAAUUCCUCUUCUGAAUGUCAGUGCGGCAGCUGCUUGUCAUAGAAUUUGGGAAAACAGAAAUAAAUCUGUGUGGAGAGCACUAUUAGCGUUAGGAGUAAUUGGACAUAUAGUAUGCAAUGUUUUAUUAUCAAUGUUCUUACUUUGUUUGUCUGGUUUAAAUUAUCCCGGUGGAAUAGCAAUAACAAAACUCCACAGGCUUGAAAAAAAUUCUACUGUACCCAUGCAUGUUCACAUUGAUAACUUAGCAGCUCAAACUGGAGUUUCUAGAUUUGCUCAGACAAAUUCUGAAUGGAUUUAUUCAAAACAAGAAAAUAUAAGUUACAGUGAUCCAGAGAUUUUGCAAUUUACUCACUUAUUAAUGGAAGCUAAAAUGCAAUAUGAACCAAAUGUGGAGCAGCUUUUAAAAACUCACACUCUCAUGGAUUCUAUUGAGGCAUUUUCUAACGUAGAAUUCAACCGGGAAUCUUUUUUUCCACCUGUAAAAAUUAAUACAAAACCUUCUUUAUUUAUUUUAAAGAGGAAAGAUAAUUUAAUUUUUGAUAGAAUGAACAAUGAAAUGAGUAUGGAAAAAGUCAAUGAAAUACUUAAAUCUGAUGAAAAUAGAAAUUUUAAAAGCUAUCAUAAUAUAAAAUCGAAAUAUCCUGAUGAAUCGAUGGAAUCAGUUGUCAGUAACCCAAAAAUAUUUGAAAUAGAUGAAUCACAAGAGACUGAUUUUCAAUCUGAAUCAAAAGAAUUAGAAAAUAUAGAUGAAUUGAUAGAUUCAGAAAUUGAUGAAAACAUAUCCCAACAAGAAGACAUGAGCAAUGAAAGUUUGUUAGAAAUUCAAGCUGAAUCUAAUAGAUUGAAAGCAAAAAGAAGAUCAUCAAUAAAAGAAGCAGUAAGAAAAUUGAUGCGAGAUCGAAAAGCUGCUAAACAAAAUACCUUAAAUAUGCUGACUAAAAAUUCUAAUACUGCUUAUAAAAUAAGCAGUGAAAGGAAAGCACAAAAAGAAAAAUUAUUAGGAGACAAAAUCAAAGUAAAAAGUAAAUUAGAUAAUGAAGAAUAUAAUAAAAAACAAAAUAUACCUAUCAAAGAAACUAUCAGAAAUAUAAUAGAUCAUUUCAAGGAAUUUGAAAAUGAUUAUGGUUCUGAAGAGGUAGAAUUUUGGGAUGAACUGUUAGAAAAUAAUGCAGAAUCUGAUACUGACGAUGAGUUUACAGAUACUGCUGAAGGUAAUCCUGUUUCUGGAUUCAAAAGCAUCAAAGACCCUAAAGAAAGUUUGAAAGAAAUUCUUGAACUUUUUAAAGAUAUCAAGAGUGAAUUAGUUCCAGACGAUGAUUCAAACUUUGAAUACAUUACUAACUCUUAUGCAGAAAGAUCUGUAUCAGAAACGCUUAUGCUCUUCAAUGAGGCCUUGAAAAAACUUUUGAAACAAAAAAACCAAAAGACUGCUGAGAAUACUGUUUAUAAAAAUAAAAUAAAAUGACGAGUUCCAAUAUCAAUUUACACGAAAAAAUGAUUUGUUCAGCAGCUUACCCAUCUAUGCGGUAUAAGUGUUCAGUUUUUCUAGUGUACUAACAGGAGUGAAUGUCACAAAGAAAGCUAAAAAUUUGCGAGCAUAAUGAAGGAGAUUAAAUUUAGUUUCUGUUUCGCUAAUAUUGUAUGCCGCUAUGAUAAGCCACUUUUGUGUAUCAAAUACCCAGCAAUGAGUAGGCUUAACCAUCUGCUGGUUUGCAAGGCUACAAAAAUAAUUUAAAGAACAGAACUUCUCUUGGAUAGCCGCUGUAAAUAAUUUUUUCGUGUACUUGUAUGACAAAAUUGAUUGUAAACUUUAUUAGAAUUUUAAAUGACACUGCUAGUGAUAUGUUGUUGUAAUUAAUUGUAUAGUUUAAGUUUUGAAACAAAUGAUAUUUAGAAUGCAGAGUUUUAUAAGAAGUUUUAUUUUCUUAUCAAUAAAAAUCUGUGAUAUUAGGUGAUAGUUUGCUUUACUCAUAAUUUGUAAAUACGUAAUGCAAUUAUCACACAACGAGUACAAUGACCGAUGUCAAUAUGUACAAAGAAAAUUAAAAGUAACAUUUUAAUUGAAA